GGCAGAGGAAGAUCAAGGUGAGCCAUUUUACAUCUGCCCUGUCGAAUAUCCGUUCGGAUGAAUUGGGAGCAGAGAAUAUGUUGUCAUUGGCUUCUUACGAGCUCCAAUCGAGUUCAACGUAUAGCGGCAGUCUGAGCGGCAUGGCUUACCAACGACAACACAGUGCGAUGAGACGAGACCAGUAUGCCUACCAUGUAGAAAACAUCGAGUCCUGUGCCACUGGAAUGGCCCAGAUCAGUCACAAAACGACGCCUUAAGCCAACUUGAGCAGCAGGCCACAUUAUCAUUCCAGUUCAACGACCCGGGGUCACCACCAUGGUUUGGGUAUCCGGACCGGCCGAUUCUAGAGCUGGAGCUGAUAAACAUCCAUACCUAUAUUCACGCGACGGCUUCAUCAUCCUUUGAACCGCAAAUCCGCCGUCUCUGGGCAUACGAGGUGCCCCAACGGGCUCUUCACUGUGAUUAUUUGAUGAGCAGCAUCCUCGGCUAUGCCGCCUUCCACACGCAUAUUCACAAUCCCGGAAAUAUUCGCAUGAAGCUGGCGGCGCAUAACUACUUCGGCGAUGCCGUGCGGAAGCUGAGCAAGGAGCUAGCGAACAUCACGGAAAAGAACGCCGGCCUGGUGUUCGCGGCGUCGACGAUCAUCGCGUUCCAUUCCAGUAUCCUGUGGCUUGAUCCGUGUACUCGGAAUGAUCGAUCCGGGUACGAGUUGCCCUUGCAAUGGUUCCAGACAGGGCAGGGGGUGGGUGCUGUGGUCCGAUCCGCGGGGAAAUACAUCGCGGGAACCCCGAUUGGGCUACUGGUCGAGGGGCUCCCGCACAAGCAGCCGGAGUGCGAGCCAGUCGAGAUGCUCGCGCCGCUGAAAGCAGUCUUUUUCCCGGAAACAACUCCAAAGAGUCCGGCGGAGGUCAAUCCGGACGAUAUGUGUCUUAACAUGGUGUUUCGGUAUAUCGAAUCGAUGUACCGUGGGCUUCUGAAGGGCGAAGCGAUCCGAAUCACCCGGCGACGAAUUCUGGUGUUUCCGACGAUCCUGAGCCGGAGAUACAUCGAUCUGCUGCGUGCGCAUGAUCCUCGCGCCCUAACCCUCCUGGCGUACUACUUCGCCGGCAUGAAGGUCGUCGAGCAGCACUGGUGGAUCAAAGGUCGCGCCGACCAUGAGAUCCUCGGCAUCAUCGAUCUGUUGCCGCAGGAAUGGCGGAUGCAGUGUGUCUGGCCGUGCAUUGUCGAUCCACUGGAGUGGUUCGAAGCCGGGAUACCCCUGUGCAUCAUCCGAAUGGAUGACGGGCAAGAUGUCGGCGUGGUGUUUCUCCCCUUCGAAGCUGGCGGUGCGCAGGCGCAAUUGGAGCAGUUCACCAAGCCGGACGUACCCGGCGUGGAUGGCCCGGAGACGGUGGAGUCGGUGCGCGAAAGUCCAGAGGCACCGCGCCUGGGGCCGUUGACCACGUUCGCGUGAACAUGGGGACAGCGAACUGGAUUGGUGCACGAGUGGCGGUCCGGAGUUGGGCUGGAUCAGUUGGGAUCAGCCAUCGGCGUGGGAUCAUUUCGGCAAGGUGAGCAUCGCACUGCGCGAUUGCUUUGAUCCAGGUGCUUCCAUUUAUGCCUGAAAUGCUUUCUUAUCUAUAAAUCAUAUUAGCUCGGCGUGUUGCUAGUGUGUAUAGGAUUACCCCGGAGACUGCGAUGGUGUCUCGAAACCGCGAUGGUAUGUUUGGCAUGUCAUGAGGAGACGGUCCAUUUAUAAAGCUCCCUUGAAGGGAUCUGUAUAUCGAAAUCGAAGUCAUGUCAACGAUAUAAAAUCGAACAAAUUGAUGAAAGAAA